ACCUGUGGCUGCCAAGCUCCAUUAAAGCCAUCAGCAGCCGGGGGGACGCGCUGCGCGGCAGUGAAGGCGGGGUGGGCUGCGGUGUUUUUUUUUAUAUUUUAUUUUAAAAUAUAUACUUUUUUUUUCUUUCCUUUUUUUUUUUUUUUUUUUUUUUCCCCCUUUCUCCCUCCGCGAGGCUCGGGCUGAGCAGGACGCCUGCGGGCUGGAGCCGCGGUGCCGCCGCCGCGGGCACCGGAGCGCCGGAGGCUGCCCAUGGCUGCACCGCCGGGCCCCGCGCCCCGCUGAGCUCCGCGGGCACCUCUGGCCGGGGAACACAGCGGGCACCAUGGUCCGGUGCUGGUGGCUCGCAGGGCUGCUCGUAGCCUGCGCGGCCGCGGAGCCGCCUCUGCGCUGGGAGUCGCGGUGCCGGCAGCAGCUCCGCCACCUGCAGGACGGCGCCAGGAUCGCGGCGCGGCUGCCGCCCCGCCUGGAGGGGCGCUGGGUCUCCACCGGGUGUGAGGUGCGGCCGGGGCCCGAGUUCCUCACCCGCUCCUACCUGUUCUACGCCAACCGCCUCUUCAAGGCCUACCAGUUCUACUACUGGGACCCCUCGUGCCGCGAGCCCUCGUACACGCUGGUGAUCAAGGGCAAGCUGCGGCUGCGCCAGGCCUCCUGGAUCACCCGCGGCGCCACCGAGGCCGACUACCACCUGCACAAGGUCGGCAUCGUGUUCCACAGCCAGAAGGCCAUGCGGGAGGUGGCCUCCUGGAUCAACCAGACCUCCGGGCAGGGCUGCGGGGGGUUCCUGCCCCCGGGGCGCGCCUGGGCCCCCGGAGCCCUCUACGAACUGCUGAGCGCCAAGACGGAGCGCGACUGCACGGCCGCCCUGGGCUUCGCCAUGCACGAGCUGAGCCUGGUGCGGGUGGAGAAGCACUACCAGCCCUUGCUGCAGCCAGGGCAGAGCGGCAGCCAGCUGGUGGAGGAGCUGUACCUGGGGGACAUCCACACGGACUGGGUGGAGAGGCUCCACUACCGCCCCACCGGUUACCAGCGACCCCUGCAGAGCGCCGUGCACCACGUUCACCCUUGCCCGGCCUGUGGGAUCAUCUACAGGGCUGAUGAGCACCACCCACCCAUCCUCCCUGCCGGAGCCCAGCUGCCCAUGCAGCUCAGCGGCAGCUGGGUGAGCACCCACUGCGAGGUCCGGCCCGCCGUGCUCUUCCUCACCAGGUACUUCAUUUUCCACGGUAACAACCACACCUGGGAAGGGUAUUACUAUCACUACUCAGACCCGCUCUGCAAACAGCCCACCUUCACCAUCUACGCCUCUGGGCACUACUCCCAAGGCAUCCCCUCCUCCAAGGUGAGGGGCGGCACCGAGCUGGCUUUUAAAGUCACCCAGGCUCGGGUGACGCCGAUGGACCAGGUGACGGUGAUGAUGCUCAACUCCUCAGAACCCGGCAGCUGUGGGCUGGCCAGCUCCUGGAGCGCUGGGGUGGAGCAGGAUAUCACAGCCACGAACGGAUGCUUGGCUUUGGGCAUCAAACUGCCCCACACCGAGUACGAACUCUUCAAAACGGAGCACGACACGCGGGACCGGAGCCUCCUGUACAUCGGGGAGAGACCCACGGACGGGUCCAGCCCCGACAGCCCCGACAAGCGACCCACGUCCUACCAGGCCCCUCUGGUUCAGUGUGCUGGAGCCUCAGAGGAGUUCUCCAACUACGUUAGUCUAAAAUACUUGGGAAGAAAGGAUGCUAAUGGGAAGGAAGCACUAAAACCUUUGCCUGUGGCCUUUUUAUUGUUUAUAGCACUUCUGUUUUUAAGAUGGGACUAGUUAUCCAUUCAGGUACAGCACAGAACCCAGAUAAAUCUUGGUGCUAGCGUGAUUUUUAUAUCUUUCAAAUGAGCACAUCUGGAAUCAGUUUUUCUCAGAUUUGGAAACACUUUUUAAAAACACCCAGUAGUGAACGAAGCCAAGAAGAUACGCCUGACUCCAUACUGUUUGUCCCGUGGCUUUAUUGCCUAAUCUCCCCUCCUUGCGUGCAAAUUUAAUGUAGUGACAGGGAUGUGCUGCACAUUGCAAGGGAUAAUUCAGCAGCAUGAGGGGGGAGAAAAAGUGACAUCAAUUAAAAUUGCUGCUUUGAGCUUUUGACAUCGCUAAGAUUUAAUCAAGAGCUUGAUUCCGAUGUAAUUCCAACAUCCGAAGUGUCGGCUGCUGAGUUUCUUUGAGGUUAAGUUCCCUCCCAUCACACUCCUUUUUGCUGUUCAUGCAAAUUUAAUCUGCAGAGUCAGUCAGCAAUAAACAGUCAGCGAGUGUUCUUGAGAAGGGCAUGGUUCACGUGCCUUUUGCAGUUCACAGACACUUCCUGCACCUCUCCCGCAUGUGUCACACGCACCGAGGUGCGACGUGCGGUCUCCCCCUCAGGGCUGCCCAGAACAGCCCUCUCGGAGCAUUUACCUCGGCUGCUACGCCUGCCCCUCCUCACAGCAAAUGGAAAAUGCCUCUGUGCACAACAGCUCCAGCCUCCAGCGUUCCCUGGCUGCAGCACUGCAUCCCUGCUGCGCUGCUCUGGCUCUCCAGCACAGUCCUGACUCCUGCUCACCAGGCGUCCUGUGAAGGAAUAGAUCCCUCACGAGUCUUGCCAGGCCAGGUAUUUUCACUGUCUCCUUUUCAGUCUGUGUACUGGCACACCAAUUGUUAAUCCAGCUCUCCUCUCAAAGUGUCCCUUCCGGCCUCUUUCCUGUACAGAUGUUUUAUAAAUCUGCCUCUGGUGAACAAUGGGCUGGGGAGAUGCUCAGAUCAGACAGCACAGUCAGGUCAAACUGAUUCCUACUGACAAGCAGGACAAACUCAGAAAUUAUAUUCCCUGUCUGCUGCAGCUAAGAAGCAUAUAAUUUCCUUGGAGAAGCCCUCCCCCAGCAGCUAAAUCCUCUCCAAACAAGCCUAUACAUCCUACCCACAAAGGAUAUUUUGUUAAAGCAGCUAUGCAAUAGCCACCUUCUUAAUGCUGUAUUUACGAACUUGCAGCUUGUACUUAGAUAAAUUAUGGGGUUUAUAACACAAAAAUACUUUGGGGGGAUCUGUACAUUAAUAAUUCAAAUGAGAUGCUUAUUAAAUGCAUACAGUUGUGACACAAGUGUUGUCAGCAUGUUCACGUGUCCCAGGCACGAUCAAAUAUUUAUCAUGCACAUAAACACACUUCUAAGAUGACACACAAAAGGGCCAGGCUUGGCUGCCUCGCCUUGGGUUCCCUCCCCAGUCUGAGGAGGAGCCUUCCCCAGGGAUUAGUUCAGCAGGCAAAGCCUCCCUGUUUCCAAGGGUGGUUGUGCUUUGUUGCACGGAGAUCCACAGGCAAACGUUUGAGGGAGUGGAUCUUGGAGAAGGUGGUGUCUCCUUUGGGAUGUUCCCCUCGGGAUGCUGUGGGCUGGGGCAGCACAGCUGCAUCUCGUGGCAGCCACGCUCGUGGCACAACUCAGCGGUUUCCCAUCCCGGUGCUCCAGCGCCGCUCCUGCAGCCCAGGGGAAGCUUCCUGGGACUCAGAGCAGCAAAGGUACCUGUUCCUGCAGGACCCACUCCAUGGCAGGAAUAGGGAACAGCUUUGUGCUGCCUUUGGAGGGCAGGUGGAGCAGAGGGAAGGCAAUUCCUGGCCAACACUUACCCCCAGGAAUGAGAUUUGUGUGCAGGUGCUUCUCUUUCUUUCAUAGCACAGAAACAUUGAAGACUUCAGGAGCCACAUGGUGUAAGAGCUCAAGUCUACACAGAUCCUUUCCAGGUGGGAAUGGGAUUAACACGAUAUAAAGCAUUACAAGACAACAUCACACACUUAUGCAACAGCAACAAGCCCUUGAGAAAGCUCUGCCCUGCCCUGCAGCAGCUCAGGCAUUGCUGGCUCCAGCAGCACCGGGUGCUGAGGCACAGCCCUGACUGAACUUCCCUGGGGAAACCUCAUCAGGAGCCUCUUUGUCCUGUUCCCACCCCUCCAGCCCACCCUUAAGGAUACUUCUGAAAGGAAAAAAAGCCAUGGAAGACCUAUUUGCAUAAAUAUCAUAACUUUUAUUGUUCUGUUCACAGUUUUUGAAGACACAUUCCUAAAUUACACAGUUACUCUCUCUGUAAGAAUUUGUGCCUUUUCCCAAUUUGAAUUUGCCUGGCUUCCACUGCCAGUCAGUGAUUCUUGUGUUGCUCUUUUUAUGCUCAGAGAGCUGCAGUGUUCAGUGUUUUCCCCCUGUGAAGGUAUAUUUGUGCACUGUAAUCAAGACAGUCUCAACUUUGGUAGAAAAGCUCAGCCAAGUGAGUUUUCUCUCUCACCCUCUCUAAGGCAUUUUCACACUCCACCAGUAAUUUCUGCAUCUCUUCUUUUUUGCAUCCAUUCCAAUUACUCAGCUUCUCUUUUAAAAUGUAAAUAUCCAAACUGCAUCCGAAAUUCCCAGCUCUCACAGCUGAGACAUACAGAAGGAUAAUCACUUACAGCUCACAGUAAUUAAAAACAAGAACACAUUCCUAUUCAUUUGUCUUUUACCCUGGGACUGCACUGGGAAUGUUCAUGGAGCCGUUAUUCACUCUGGUCCUGGUAGGGAUAUUUUUGCCAUGUUACCAUUUUCUCAGCAGUGGUUUUUUAUGUUUUCAUCAGUGAUCUGGAACCACUGAAUCUGCCAGGUCCCCACAGAAUCCCCCUGAGCAUCCCCAUUUCACUGUGGUUCCCUUUGAGCUUCAGCAACGUGUGAUUGUCAGGAAACACGGAGCUUUGCUGGGGCCCAGACAGACUCUAAUCCCAAAGAGAACUGAAGACCAAGGAGAAUGAAAGGACUUCGAUCACGCUCCUUCAGGAACACCCAUCUCCUUCUCCACCUCCUUUUCCCAGGGCUGUCACAGUGCCUCUCCUGUGUUGUCCUGUGCUGUCCCGCUCACCACCCUCAGCAGCAGCUCCAAACUGCCUGUCAUGGGUUCUCCAAGCUCCUCCCUUCCAAAUUCAAGCCUUCAAGGCCUACCUGUUAUUUUCAAUACUGAGCGUUGCUAAGGAAUGACAUCCCCUUUCCACUUCUCUGACAUCAUCUCCAGGUUUUACCAUGGUCCUUAUCCUAUGGCAAAGGUUCCCCCUGAACUCCAGCUCUUCAUCACCCUCUCCGAGCGCUCCAACCCGCAUGUUUUGCUUUUCCUUUGGCUCGUGCUUUCCUUACUCAUUUUCUACACUUUCUAACUCCCAUUUUGAAUGGAUUGCUGUCUGCUUCCCUUUUUCUCAUUUGUUUUAUAUUACUUUCCAUCUAAUUUUUCCCUUCAUUUCAUCACUGAAGCAGGAUGGGCAGUUAGCCAAAGUUGUCCCCCCUCUCGACUGCAAAAUUAUUGGGUUUUUGGCCAUUUAAUACCUUUCACUUAGAAAACUGCCAAUUCUAAUUCAGUUUUCCAUCUAAUUUCUUCCCCACUACCAGAUCUGAUAUGAAAUUUGCUCAGCUAUGCCCUUUUGAAGCAGCAAUUACAUUUAUUAGAAGCUCACAUGGCCCUGUGCUGAGCUCCACUGUAAUCGGGAUUCCAGCUUGAGUUCUGUGAUUCAUUUAUCUUUAUCUGACAUACACAAGACAAAACCAAAUAACUUCAUCUUUCAUGUCUAACACUGCAUUAAAAAAACCAGGUCUAGGACACAGACCAUGAGCAUUAAUCCUGAUUACUGGCUUCCUUUCAACUACCAAACAAAUAAAUACCCUUUUACUGUUACCAAGCUAACAUGUGCUGCCAGGUUUGUACCAGCUGAAGUUAAUGGUAACAGGCACAUGUGUCUUAAAAAACUCUCCUCCAUUCACUUCUUUUAGGAUACGUUCCAAAAGUUUAAUCAUUUUUUUAACCACUCCAAAAAGCAAAGAAAAAUAAUUUCCAAACAGUCUCGAUACAUUUUCUGCCUUCCUGCACUGAGUCUGAGCCUUCAGUACCUUCUUUAACACCACGAGCUUCUCAGACAAGCUGCCUUUCCAAUUUUCUGCUUCUUUAGCAGGUGCAAAAGUUUAAAGCAGGAGCCAAGUUUGCCAGACAAACACAGUCUUGAGUCUGACAAUCUCUUCACAGCUCAAUUAACAGCGACUUAUUUUUCCAAUUAACCACCUUUGUGCCCUCCUGUUUAAAAUACCUCAGAACGCAUUUUUGCAUUGCUGAUUUCCCCAACAAUUCUUAAACUGAAACAAACCACACAAAAACGUUUCAGAACGCUUUUGGAUACAUUACCAGCAUUGAGCUACUGCUUCACUUGAUAAACAGUCCAGAUGGGAUAUAAAAAGCUGAUGCAUACUAUAAAUAAAUAUACUGCCCUGGAACAGCAGGCAGAAGCUGGAUGGAGAUAGAAAGGAGAUGGGUGGCAAGACUCAUUGCUCCAAACUCUACACAGAGUGAAGAGGAAGGAGGCACAAACUUGAUCACAGAGGAAGCAGAAGGUGAGUGGUUAUUCAGGAUGGGAAAAGGCUCCAGGAGCAGUCAGACAUCCCUGGCUCUGCCAGGCAGCCCAGCUGCAGCCAGAGUGCUGCGGGGACCACAAGCAUGGGACAGGCAGGCAGGGAAGAACAACACUGGAAGGGUGAUGGGAAGAAAGACCCAGAUGGAAAACAAGCAGGCAGCAGGGAAGGAAAGUCAGUUAAAGAUGCUUGGCUGAACAUGGAUUUCUCUGCCAAGGAGCAGGGAAGGAAAAAGGAUGAGUUGGCCUGAACCAAAGCACUGAGGGAGGGCAUGGGGUGAGCUCUGACAGCUCAGGCAGAACAGAUCAGAAAGGAGGAUGGGCAGCAGAGUCUCCAGCCUUCAUAGAAACUCCUUUGGGCUCAACCUGAAGCAAAGAUUCCUGGCUCCAAUCACACUUGUGUGUGGCCUCCCAGUGAAACGUGGAAAUGAAAAUUGCUGCCUCGGCUCCGAGCUACACAUCGGGAGCUCGGGUCAGGAAUGGGGGUCCACACAUGGAACACAAAGGAUUCCCUCCUGACACACACGUGGGUUACACCCAGUACCACACUUAAAGUUCCACUUUUAAAAGUCUAAUUACACUGAGGAGAGCCUCUACAUGGCCAGGCACACAAAGCUGGGAGUUUUGGACAACUUCUGAGCAGCCUCAUCUCACUUUCUGAGCAGGUACUGACCAGAUACUGCACUGCACUCACACAAAGUGGCCAAACCACCAGUGCACAGACCUGGUUCUGCCAUUUCCCAGUUCCUGAGUGCUUGACUUUGUAGAGCCUUAAUAAAGGUCUUUUAGAAGUAGCUCUCUGUGGAUAAUUGUGUGUGGGAAAUUUGCCAACUCAAACAUGAGGGAGUUCAAGAGGCUUUUCUAAUCUUGUGAGUUUAUCCACUAAAGAAAAAGAUUUGAUUAAAAAAAAUGAAGUACAGCUAAACUGGGAACAAUACUUUUACUACGGGCUGUUCUUCAUAGGCACUUUGAAAUCUUAAAAAAAAACCACCCCAAACCACAAAAUUAGGAACUUAUUAAAUCAGAAUGAAAUGUACCGAUGCAGAAACAUAAACAGAAAUGCCAGAUGUAUAAUGUCAACUUGUAAUAUGCAGCUUCAAUUAAUUCUUCUUAAUUCAUUUGUUUUCUUAACUUCUUUUGUUUUGCCAUCUGGAAAAGGCCAUUUUCUAAUGACAGAUCACAGGAGGAAAGAUCCAAAGUUCAAGUCUGCUUCAAGGAAAAGCAGCUUUGUUUCUGUGCUCGCAGGCCCCGCGUUCCUUUUGUACUUUCACUCACACAGAGGCUUCAGGACAAACUUCGGCCCGGGCUGGGAGGCAAAGACCUAUGUGGAAGUUUAGGAAAGGUUUCAAAAAGUUUUACUCUUCAGGUACAAACAUGAAAGCAGUUCUUUAGCAGGAAAUGAAGCCACAGGGAACAGCAGAGUGACUGACAGGCCCACAGUGACUUUGGAAGUGUGCAGGUCUGUGCUCAUUAGAAUACGAUGUGCAAGAGAUUCCUGACUGGCUCUUAGCUGGGCUAUUUUAAAAAUUAUCCAG